AUGAAGAAGGACUGUCGCUGCACGGCAGAGCAUGCUUGCCUCUCUCCAACUGUCAUCGCGCCUACGAUCUGCAAAACAGUGAUAUUCAGUAUGCGAUUCUUAGUCCCUCUUAUUGCAGGGCUCAUCUCUGUCGCCCACUCAGCGCCAGUUUUACCCCCGAACAUAACACCACGUGCUGAUCCGUCACUUACUGGUUAUUUGGGGGUGUUCUUUCUAGGAGACAAACCUUCUGUUUACUUUUACCUUUCCAAUGGCAACAAUGCUAUUAGCAUGAAAGCCCUGAACAGAGGGCAGCCGGUCAUAGUUCCUACAAAAGGCACUCAGGGCGUUCGCGAUCCCUCCAUAAUCUCAGGGGGAGGCGCUGAAGCUGGCAAGAAAUGGUAUAUUAUCGGAACAGAUCUAAACAUUGCGAAAACCACGUGGGAUGCGGCGCAACGUAAAGGAAGUCGUGGCAUAUUCGUCUGGGAAUCCACAGACUUGAUCAAUUGGACCAGCGAGCGUCUGGUGACCGUCGAAGACGCAACAGCAGGCAUGGUCUGGGCCCCUGCAGCUAUCUGGGACGCACAGAAACAGCAAUAUCUAGUCCACUGGGCUUCCAAAUUCUACACGUCAAGCGACACGCAGCAUACCGGCUCACCAUCCGCGAUUCGUAUCCGCUACGCUUACACAAGCGAUUUCAAGACGUUCACAGCCCCGCAAGACUACAUCAACAAAUCCCCCACCAACAUCAUCGACCUCGAUAUCCUCUCGCUCGGCAACAACGCCUACGCGCGUUUCAUGAAAGACGAAUCGGCGAAGACUGUGUUCACGGAGGUGUCUAGUAACGGACUUUUCGGCACGUGGUCACGCCCGGGUGGUGCAACGACUACGAUUGCGAGUGGUGUGGAGGGACCGGCGGUGUACUGGGACAACCAGGUUGAUGGCAAGGCACACCUGCUGCUCGACUUCUACGGCGGCGACGGCUACAAGCCGUACGAGAGUACGGAUGUUAAGAGUGGGAGAUGGACUGCUAGUAGCACGAGCGGAUGGCCGAAGAAUUUGAGGCAUGGGAGCGUGUUACCGAUAACGGCAGCACAGAUGAGCGCCGUUGGUGGAAAAUGGCCUGCCGUCUCAAACGCACCACCAGUUAUUAUAAAUGCAUGGCAGCUUGUACUUUCGCCGCUGAAUGUUCCACAACCACUGAUAUUCAACUACCAACCUCGAGAUACCCAAAGUAUGGACGAAGAAGUCCGAGAACUACAUCGCGAUCUCGCGAGCAGAUACGUCCAGCAUGGCUCUCGUGUUGAGCAAAUGUGGCGUUCUCUCGAAAAAGGCCCACGCAUCAACGUUCUGCGAGCUGGAGCUCACAACGGUGCUCUUCUGAAACAUUCUCGGGAUCGAAGUCUGGGCAAUGUCUGGAAGAUAAUGCCCGAGUGGAACAUUGAAGAUCUCACCGCCCCCUCAUCUAAUCUCCUCAUCGAAAUGCUGAAGCACCGCGCGACAACCUCGCUGUUGGAACAAUAUGCUAGUGGCAUCAAUGGAGGCCCAGGCGAUCAUGCACACAUCAUUGAAAUGAUGGAGGAGAAAAAUCUUCAGCACCAGAAUGCUUCUCACUUCAAGGAUUGUUGGACGCUGUUUGUUCACGAGAGUACAUAUGGAAACUCGUUUGAAAUAAGCUCCGAAGGCAAACUGAACAAUGCUAUCGGUGGCUUCCUACCUGGAAUUGAAGCUCAGGUCAUUGUGCCUCAAGAUAUUGGCGAACUGAUUCUCGAGAGACAAAGAUAUCUACUACUGUCUCUCAUUAUUGUCGUUGAGGAUAUUCUGAACGCUUCGUCUACCACACGUACCCAGGAAAAACGCCCAAAGCCUUCUGCAGAUGCCGCAACUGCAGCUCUAGCCAGCCUCUCGUUAUUAUCAUCGCCCAAGAAAUUUGAUAUUUCUGAUCUGGUUGAUAUUACCUCCGAUCACAAAUCGGCUCUUGAGGAUCAUAUCACUCUGAUCUCCACGGAACCAACAGUGCUGGCUUACAGGGUCAAUUUUUGGUUCUUCUCACGACCGGAGAUGUUGCCUGAUGAGAAAGGCCGCAGUUUGACCGCUCACACAGAUAAGCAUAUCACUGGGGCUUUCUUUGACGCCGUCCAUGACACAGUCAAAACCGCCGCUACGUGGGACUACAUCGCCAAUCUACUCGAACUACUGAAAGACUCCUCAUCCGACAAGCGAUUUCGAGCCAUAGUGUUGCAGGAGCUCUCAAACGUAUGUCGCCUGGAGUACCUUCGUGCUCAGGCUAUGUUCAAGCGCAACGUUUCAAUAGGCUCAGGCGGUCUCAAAUGGUUCAAGCGAAUCUCCAUGGUACGCUCGGACGGCAUCGUGCGAAUUUCCAUGAAGCAAAAACCCGAUUCUCUAACCUUAACCAAUCCCCAACUGUAUUACAUGCUCCGUCUGUGCUUAGAUGAGACAGACUGGCGCCAAUCUGCAGAGUGGCUCCAGAAACUAGAAGAUCUACAUCGCGGACAUCCUUCAGAGAAAGAAAAGAUGACCGAGUGGGAGCACCAAGCACUAGGUGACCUUGCCAUCAUCGUCAUAUUGAUACAAUCCAUCUCUUCGGUGGUGCAACUACCUACUGCUAGCAACAAAAAAGGGCAACUGUUCAUUUCCAAUUACUCAGCUCUCGACACUGAGUUUAGAGAGCUUAAAAAUGGCGGGCUAGAUCUCACCGACUACGCCGUCCCCAUUGACAACCUCCUCGAGCCCGGCAUGGCCAUUAGCGCUCUCAGCGCUCUAGACAAGUACUUCCAAGAAAAGACAGGCGCAAAGCUGGGAGCUCCAUACCAAGAUCUGGUCAAUGAAUGCGUACCCAAAGUCCACGAAUCCUUUGCGCAGAGAAAGAUGGACGCGAACGUUGCUAGCACUGCGUACAUCGUCCCGUCAGCACCGGAAUCCUCCACCCCGCGGAUCCAGCAGCCUAAGCAGAAGGAGAAAACACGGCCAGAUGGCCCAUCUAUCUACGACGUCACGCCGCAAUCCCCGACCGUCGUAAAGACCCUCAUCAAACAGACUCCCCAGCAGACAUUCAAAGUCAAGGCGUCUACACUCGCGACCUUCUCUACUCUUCUAUCUAGGACGUCUGCUGCCCGUGGCUCAGUCCCUUGGGCUGCAUUCACGACCGCUAUGGCUGAUGUAGGCUUUGCUAUUCAUCCUAAAAUCGGGUCUAUCUUUACGUUUGUCCCGCCUGAGGAGAUGAGUGUUCAGCGGCCGUUGACUUUGCAUCGACCUCAUCAUGCAGACAUUGAGGGUCCAUUGUUGUUGGUGUAUUCGCGAAGGUUGAUGCGGGUUUAUGGGUGGAGUGAGGCGACGUUUAUGGAAACGUAG